CGCGGGUUCUUCGCUGCGAAGAAAAUGGCGGCGGCGCCGAGCGGAGAUGAGAGAUUGGAAGAAAAAUCUGAGGACCAAGACUUACAGGGCCUGAAGGACAAGUCCCCCAAACUCAAAAAAGUCAAGAAGGAGCGGAAAGAGGAAAAGCAGCAUGAGCACGCGCACCCUUCCGCAGAACCAGCUGAAGCUGGCAAGGCAGAGAUGUCAGAAGGAGCUGGGACUGCUCCGGCCGUGCCUGAAGCCUCUGCCUCUCCAAAACAGCGCCGUUCCGUUAUCCGGGAUCGUGGGCCAAUGUAUGACGACCCCACUUUGCCUGAGGGCUGGACCCGUAAGCUCAAGCAGAGGAAGUCUGGUCGCUCAGCGGGGAAGUAUGACGUCUACCUUAUCAAUCCCCAGGGCAAGGCCUUCCGCUCCAAAGUUGAGCUCAUCGCCUACUUUGAAAAGGUGGGGGACACCUCUCUGGAUCCUAAUGAUUUUGAUUUCACGGUGACUGGACGUGGGAGCCCUUCACGGCGGGAACAAAAGCCUCCCAAGAAGGCCAAAGCCCCUAAAAGUUCCGGUACGGGCCGUGGACGGGGCCGGCCUAAGGGCAGCGGCUCUGCCAAACCCAGAGGAGCUGCCUCGGAAGGUGUGCAGGUGAAGCGGGUGAUUGAGAAGAGUUCAGGAAAGCUGCUGGUCAAGAUGCCUUUGCAGUCGUCUGCAGCAGGAGCAAAGGCAGAAGGCACCGGUGGGGCCACCACCUCAGCACAGGUCAUGGUCAUCAAGCGCCCUGGCCGCAAGCGGAAAUCUGAAUCGGACCCCCAGGCUGUGCCCAAGAAACGGGGGCGUAAGCCAGGCAGUGGAGCAGCAGCCGCCGUUGCCGAAGCCAAAAAGAAAGCGGUCAAGGAGCCUGUCAUCCAGCCUGUCCGGGAGACGAUCCUUCCCAUCAAGAAGCGCAAGACACGUGAGGCGGUCAGCAUAGAGAUAGCCAAGCCAAGCCCACCUCCCCCAAGCAACACAGGGGAAUGGAGCCCCAAGGGACAGCGAACAGCUGCUAAGAGCCCAGGGCGCCGCAGCAAGGAAAGCAGCCCGAAAGGGCGGGGUGGCAACGCAGUGCCAACCUCUGCCCCUUCCUCCUCCCCUGGCAAGAAGGAUCAGCACCACCCGCCCCAUCAGUCACCUUCAGAGCCCCAGGGCAGCCCCCCUGCUCAGUCCCCUGAAAGCCCCAAGGACAGCAAGAGCCUUCCAGCUGAACCCCAGGACUUGAGCAGCAAGAGUUGUAAAGAGGAGAAGGCUCCGGAAAGUGACGGCUGCCCCAAGGAGCCACCUAAGACUCAGCCCGGCGGCACAGCCAUGCCCUACAAACAUGAGCGCAAAGACACUGUGUCGUCCUCCGCGGCCUUGCCCCGGCCCACAAACAGGGACGAGGCCGUGGACACCAGGACGCCUGUGUCAGAGCGGGUCAGCUGACUUUGAGGGGGGUGAGUGAGCAAGUGAGCGCCAGAGGAAACAAAGAGAGGGACAGGCACUCCCAGCCCCACACAUCCAGAUGAGACUCCAGGCAGCUGCCGGGUAGGACUCCCCUUUCCCCACAGUGCCCCGGCUUUCAAUCGAUCAGCUUCCCCAAAACCAUUCUUCCUCUGCUCCCCUCCUUCCCCCAUUUUUAAUACAGACAAGCACAGUGUGGGGUGCAGAGACAUGCCUCCCAGGGCUGGAAGCCACUUUGCACUUUUUCUACAGAAUGGGGGCACCCUCUUCUCUCCUCCACCGUCUCCCCAUCUGCCCCUGCCCCUUCUGCCAUGCUUUGCUGCAUAUACUACUGACAAGGCGAGUUGUUUGGCAGGGGAGGGGCAGCUCCAAACUCUGGACUGUCGUCCUGAUCCUGCUUCUCUCCCCCCCCAUAUUAAAGAGGCCCCAUGGAUAAAUUGGGUGGUGGGGGGCCAUGUCUGUAUUCCACUCCACCUCCCUUGUGCCAUGUAAUGUAGUCGUCCAGUCUUAGUUGGAGUUCUGUAGUUUUCAGUAGGAUGUGUGUACACGUGAGAGAGAAAGAGAUGGGGUUAUGGUGCACCGGGGAAUCAAUAUCCCCCCAUCUGCCAGUUAGACCAGCAAUUAAGAAGGAUAUCCUCUCCCCCAAGGACAGUUCUGCUGCUAAGAGACCACUGGGAUACUGAGGGCAGCGUUGUAAGAAUGUCCUCCUUUCCUAUGUCUAUCCUGAAAGGAGGGGCCUUUGAUUUUGUUAAAGCAAUCUUGGGUGUGCUGAAGCGUGUGCGUGCGUGCGUGCGUGUGUGUGUGUGUGUUGUCACAUGCUAGGAGUUAAAAUGAGAAGUUCUUCCAGUUCUUGUCAAUGAUGUUAGCUUAGGGAACCGUUUGCACUAAUGGAGGCCUUUGCCCACCUCUUGGGAGGCAAUGGCUUGAAAGAUGUAUGGAGCGUGCCUGUGUGUAUUUGGGGUGGUGGGGCAUUUUGACUGAAUACUGGCUCACCUUCCCACUUUACUUCUGGGGCAGAAAGGUAGCUGAAUGUUUAUGAAACUACCUGUACAUCUGUGCUGGGAUUGGUACGUGGCAAAGGCUGAACUGAGAAACCUAAUAUUUUGUCAUUUCAAAGGACUUCCUUAUGGCUGGCAACCAUGCUCUUCCAUGGUAGGUGAGUGCGCCUCUCCUCACUCCCCAGGAAAAGUGGGCUCAGCAGAAGUGUAGCGUAUAUUAGGGAAGGGGCUUCAUCUCAAACAGAAGGUCUCCCUUGCUUCUUUUUUUACAAUUCUGAAUAGAGAAAACUACCGAAUCUAAUGCGGAGAGGGGAGCAUUGGCUAUCCCAGCUGGCUUAUUUUUGUUUUUAACUGCUUAUGUAGCACAGACACAAUCUGUGUCCCUCGUCCAGUGCGGUAGCAAAGUACCCUGAUAACAAAAUGGUGAGCCUGGGCAUAAAGCAGAAACCGUAAUCUUUAGUCCUUUCACACUUUGUGAGGGUGUGGAAGGAUAAAAAUAAGCAACCUUAAAGUUGCCACAGAGUAAAAUAAACAACCUUAAAGUAGCCACAGGAGGCUCCACUUUUUUGAUCAGAGCAGCAGUGCUGAAGAAGGAUGUUUUCCAAGUCUAAAUCCCCAACCCCACAGUUGUUCUCUUGGGGGAGCAGGGGGAGUAUGGAGUCUGUUCUUCUCCCAGCAUAGGACGGGGUGUGGAAGGAAGAAUGGGGCAAAUGGGGUGGAAGUGGGGGAAUCCCCUUUCUCAGCCCCACUUCUGAUCAAAAUUUGAGUCCUUUACAGGUACUAUAAAGUGUAAAAACAAUAAUAAUUACGGUGUUGGGCGGUCUGAUCACAGAUUUCUGGACAUGUCUGUUUUGGCCCUCAGAGGCAACCUCUUCCCCAGCUCCUCCCUACCCACCAGACAUUGGAGUAAAAUUCCUUCUAUGUGUAUCAAAGGCCAAAAGACGCAUUUGACUUGCAGUUAUUAACUGUAGAUAAAGAACAAUGGCCAUAAUAGAAAAAACUACAGUUUCACUGUGAGAAGACUGAUGAGGAUCGGGCCUGCUUUCCGUGCAACAAAGUACGGACUCCUCAUUUUUACUAAGCUUCCUGCAUUUGCAGUAGAGUUGGGACUGGUUUCUAAGUUUUUGCUUACCGGGGAGUAAACAAACGUCUCCUACGUGACUGUGCUAGAGUUUGGGCUUGAGUCUGUUGCCAGUGGAGGGCCCUUGAAUGUAACACUUCCUACCCUCCUCCAAAGGGUAAAUCAUCUGCAAAAUGGUUCACCGUUCAUUUCAGUGGAGGUGGUUGCCCUGAAAACUCUGCUGUGGAAACAUGGCAGAAAAUGUAAAGAAGUAUGAAGAGGAAGGAAAGGAAAAAAACUAGGGUGAGGGAAGCAUUGACUUUGUGAUAACUUAAAAACAAACACCUCAAAGGGCUUUUCCUUUAUGUUUUAAAAAAGGCACAAAUUGAAUGGGGGUGGGGAAGGAGGAAUUAACAAUUCAUCAAGCUACGGGAAACCUGGGAUGGGGAAAACAUCCCCUUUAUCUCAAGUUGCAUUCGAGGAAGUUUAAUGUGCCUCUGACAGAGCCAGCAUGAAUUAUUGUCCGUUUUGCUUUCCAAGGCUCCAGCUUCCAAGUCUGCAUGGAUAGCCCUCCCUACUUUAUUAAUUCUCUUUGAAUUAUGGAGGGUUUUUCGUAGAUGGAGUGCAGGAUUUUGCACUUCGUUCCACUCCGGGGCUGCUUCUCACAUGACUUUUUCGUACACCAAACAUAUAUACAGAUGUAUGUGAGAAUUGCACGUGUGUUAGCUGCGAUAAGCACAUUUGGAAUCUGCCGUGCACUGCCAUUGGAAUGUGUCGUUGCAGCUAAAGAAGGUACUUGCGCAGUUUUCACGUCACAAAGGUUUCCACAGAAAAGGGUUAUGGGUAAAGUGGUGCGCAAUCCGGAAGGACAGGGCAGCGUCAGAUCUAAAGAAAGGGCGGAAUAAAAAUAGCGGUGGGAAAUUGCAGUUAACCUGACUAAUGAUUGAAGGCCAAACUAGAUGUCUUCGCAAACCUAUUUGUGUUAAAUGUUCUUGUAAACGGAGGCGAGGCAAAAAGAGUUCAAAGGUGGUGUGUGAGCGUGCUCUAAACCUUCCACCUUCCUAGGGUUUACUUCUUACUGUUUGUCUCUUGCACAUACGGGCACACGCAUGCAUUUUUCUCCUGGGUUGAGCUCUGAUAUCAGAACUCCGUUUGGAUGGGAAAGCAUCCCUGUGGGAGUUAAAACAGACAUUGGGAGGGCUAAUCCACGUGCAGCUUUUGCUUUAAAAUGUGGAGCGCAGGGCAUUUUUGCAUUCCAGUACCUUUCUAGGAUUCCUAACAGUACAUCUUAGGUUACAAAUGGGGAUCUUCCUUUGCAGGAAGCAAACUCCGCAUCCAAACCUUUGUGCAGUAUACUUUGCCAUCACUCUCAUGGGCAAAUCUCCUGUGGGUUAUCACUGGGAAUCAGUGUCAAUGGCAUUGGGCCUUGAAGAGGUCUCCUUAAGCUUUCCUAGUUAUUUGGUAGAGACCAUUUAGAAAAUGUGGCUUUUGGUAUAACAAGCACAUGUGGCCUCUCUCAGUGCUCCAAAGCACUUCCUGCUAUGGAGCUUGCUUCACAUCAGAAGCUGAUAAUCCUUUUCCAUACCCACGCACCCUCCUGCUGCCCCAAAAUGACACUGAGGCGGCCAAUUGCCCUCCUAAUUGCAAGACCUCCCUUUCUUUUCUUUUUCUUUUUAAAGAAUGAUGCACUUUAAAGCCAAGUUCUGGCAGUGUCUUGGAGAUAGCCUGAGGAAGGGGCUAACACACCAUAAUCAGCUGAGGAAUCUUAUCUAAAAGCUACAAAAUUGAGAUCUUUAUGUUUCUCAGAGAAAGCUUCCAUGUGUGACUGAAUUGAGGCUAGGGCAGGUUCUACACUACUGCUUUAAAGCGCUUUAUAACAGUUUUGACAACUGUUGGGGCCCAGGACACACGCCGUAUUCAGUUGUCAAAACUGUUAUAAAGCGCUUUAAAGCUGCAGUGUAGAUCUGGUUAUCGUGUCUUUAGAUCCGAAAUGUAUCCAGGGAAAAGUGUGAAGAGUCCAGAUCAUGUCAGAGAAUCCAGACUAGAACACCAAUACUCACUUUCGCACUGGAGCAUCCCUGCUUCCUCUGACCAGUCGUGAUGAAGAGUGAAGAGCUUGAAAAACCAUGGGGUAACCUGAUCCCAUAUGUGUCUACAUUCCAGACAAGUGAAAGGAUGGCGCCUUCACAUCAUUUCCCCCUUCCGUGGUGCGAUCCAGGGCUCAAAACGGAAGAUGGAUAGCUUUUUGUCAGUAACAUUAGGCCAAACUCAAUGUUUGGCGGCAGACCUGGGUUUCUGCCAUACAGUUACAAAGCGACCCGUGGGGGGCAGUUUUGCCCUGGAGAAGCUGCAAGCAGGCAGAAAGUUUUAAUCCUGGCCUGUCUCCUUCCCCACCACUUCUUUGCUGCAGUAGGCAUCCUUGCUGCUCCACUUCGCAGCUGUUCUGAGACUCGGGUCUUCCACCAAAAAUCUAGUUCAAAUAAGAGGGAUUGGUGAAAUGCAGCGGGAGGUCAAAGCAGUGAGUGAUGUAAGUCCUGGCCUCUCCCUGCUAACCCCCCCCCCUCCGGCUGACAUAAUACUGUAUUGAAGCUAGCUGCUUCUCCAGCAGGAAUUAACAUUGGUUGUGGCUUGGCAGUCUUGUUUACUUAUAGGGAUACAGAGUUGUAGCUCAGAAGUGAACUCAACCUACGUUCUCAGCUCUGCCCACUUCUACCCUCAAAAGACAAGUGUGGAUAGUGCCUGGCGUUUGAGAGACUGUGCAAGAGGUUUCUACCUUGUUAGCAUUGUGAACCACCCGAUGUUUCUGUGUCAAGUGAAAAUAAACAUCUCGUUGGUUUCAAUUAUUAUCCAAUAAUGUGUAGAGUUUAACGUUAGGCCUAAAUCUUUUUUGUUUGGGGAUUUAAUUUCUGUUGCGUGUGUAUAUGUGUGUGUGUGUGCGUGUGUGUGUGUGUGCGUUUUUUUUUUAAGGCACCAAGUAGAGACAGAAAAAAUGUCUAAUUUUAUAUAUGUGUAUAUUGCAUUAUAAAUGAAGGGGGUUGCUUUUUCUCUGUUGCGCCACUACCAAACAAAGAUAACAGACAGACAAAGGAAAGAUAUGGUCUGUUGAGAAUUACCAUAUGUUUCUUCUUGACCAUUAUUCUUGGUGUUCAGUAUCAUAGGAAGAGGGGAAAUAAAAUAGACCCAUCUGCCUGCCAGUCAUUUUUCUCCAUGACAGAAUUGAACUGCCUUUUAGUUCUGGCUGUGUUCUUCUUUUUUUAGGGGAUUUCCUCUUUUGUUUCCACGAGGGGAAAACCAACAAUGUGGUUGAAUAUAGCCAACAUUUUAAUUUCAUUUUUUUGCACUCCGUCAUUUUAUGGGGCAGGGUUUGGGAUGGUGAAAGUGGAGAGACAUGAAGGGUUGUGUUCAAUUUGGACUCAGACUGGCUUCCAUAAAAACCUAUAUCCAAUUGAACUUGAGUCUUACCAAUGUCAUUUAGCAUGCUUUAGUUCUGUCGUUUAUGGCCACUUCAAUAGUAAGACAAUUUAGUUUGUUAGUGUUGCUGUUUGAAAAGUCCUUUUGGUUCUCAACUGAAGCCCCUACUGCUCUUCUAGAGCGUUUUUCUUCCUCCUUACAGAAAAGUUCUUGUCUGAGAUUUUCCUUUAGAGCACCUCCAUAGAUUUCAGGGUUAGCCACUGUCCUUCCACUCCUCUUUACUUGUGUGCCUUGUGUGCCAGCCGGCAUAAAUUGGCAGCACUCCACAAUAAAGGUGUCUCCUUCUACCAGCUGAAAACUUCUCCCCCCCCAACCGCACCCCCCCCCCAGUUUAGCACAACUCUAUAUCUAAUUUCCAAAGACUUUCUGUCUUUGAUGUUGCAAUUUUAUGGGUCCUUCUCCUUAUAUUUUAUGCAGAGGUGGUUCCAGAAAAAAAUAGGUUGAGCGAAAAAGGGGCAAGAUAGAGUCAUAGGGGCAGACAGGUAGGGGGUAGGGAUGGGGGCAUUCAAGCUUUCCAAAUAGAAACAAGUUCAACACUCUAUAUUUUUAAUUCAGACAGGGUAAACAGGCUCUUCAGGUGGAAAUGUGCCCUUCUGAUGCUGCCUAUUAUUGCAUGCGUGAUUAUUUGGGGGGUAAUCCAUAUUACAUUUUAUAUAAAGUCUAAAAUUCCCAAGUGCUGGUAGUACUCAUAGCAUCAGGGCUCUACUAGCAUUCAAAGGCUGAUGUGUUUGGAAGUAGAUCAUAAAGGGUCGGCUUGCUAGCACUUCUUGAUCCAAUCCUCACCACGUCCCAUAAGGGGCCAUUAGGAAGAAGGCUCUGUUGGACCAUUUGCUUUCUCCCAGCUUCUGCCCACAAGUUGCCGAAAUCAGCAAUACCCGCUCGAGAGGUAGCAGCUUAAAUCUGCCGUUCUUCCAAAAGCAAAGAUAACUAAACUGAGCGCAGAAUACACUUUGUGGGGUGGGGGUGGGGGGCGAGGCAGGAGUGCAUCUACAUUCUUCCUAACUGAGGUGGGUCAAGACGACUUCCCAUUCUGUAGAUCAACUUGCACAGGCUUUUCUUCCAGUCAGGAGCCUGGGUUUUCUUUUCCAAGCCGCGGAGACGGGCAGUGCUUAUUGCAGUUGUGUGUAUCUCUGCAUGAGGAGUAGGUAGAUGAGUUAGAAAUUUUUUAUCGUUUUCCUUUUUUCCCCCCUUUUCUUUGUGAGUGCAAAAAAAAUUAAUAAUAAACUUGGCAAAGCCUCUCCUCCAUUUAUUGUAUUUGGGGGUGGGGAGGGAUUGGGGCACUCUCUUCCCCUGCUUCCACCAGUCAACAUGCCGCUAACCACAAAACAACUUCCUUCUGCUUCACAACUCAGUAGUGAUCACCAUAUGACCAAAUAUUACAAGGACUGUUAUUAAAUGUAUGCUGAGUGCUUGCUACCCUGUACAGCUCUUAAUCCUCACGUAGCCAACUCUCUCUCUCUCUCCCUCUCCCUCCCUCCCUCCCUCUCUCUCGCCAGUGGCGUUCCUUUCACUUUCUGACUUUUAAUUAUUAUUAUUUUUAAUUUCGGAGACACAAAUUUGGGUGGGAGGGGUUGUCUUCUUUUCUUUUCCUUUUCAAUAGUCUUUUUCUGGAAACAAAGAAAACAAAACUGUGGUGUUUGAGACUCUCAUUGUGUGUAGGGUUUUAUCUCCCCACCCCACCCUGAAAAAGAAAAAAGAAAAAAAAGGAAUGUCGGUGAAAACCUUCUGUGUUUGUGUUUUUUUUUUAAAUGGUCCACGAGUAUGUAUCGUGAACAUUUCUGUAAAGUAAUUGUUCCAGGCACAAACGCUUCAGAUUUUUUGAGUGUUUCAAGCGUAUGUAUAGAUUUUUAAAGGGAGGAAAAUGUACACUUUUAUUUUUGUCUUGUCUGUUGACAGUAAAGAGAAAACGGAGGUUAAUUGCGGAUGUAAUAGGUGAAGCAUUUUCUUUUUUAAAAAAAAGGCAUUCCCAGGGUAUUUUGUACAGCUUCAAUUUCUAACAGUCCACCAUCAGUAGGCAAUGUAGCAAGAAUGUGUGAAGUGGCUAGAUUCCUUCAUGUGAAUACUCAUUUGGCUGGGGGUAAAAAAAAAAAAAAGACAGAAAAUUAGAAGGACCGAGCACCGUAUGGGCAAUAAAAAGGAAUGCUAUGAAACUUUCUGCCAGAUUCAGAGCUCAAGUAAUAUCCAAUCAGAUGGGCUUUAUGUAUUUUUAAGGAAGGUCCAUUAAUGUUUUCAAUUUUUUUUAAUGUCAAGAAGUUUCUACUAAUCCUUAUAGAUGGGAACUUCUGAUUCAACCAUAGUAAGUCUCUAAUUUUAGUUGAAUAAAAAACUUGCCAAGAAUCCUCCAAAUAGGACCUAAUUGAAGUGGGGAUUAUAGCAAAUCGUGUUGACUCUUUUUGAAAUUAAUUUUUAAAAGUACGUUUCAUUAUUCAUCCCCACCCAUAUGUCCUGAUUGCACCUUGCAUUUGAUUGAUGCGUUUUUGGGGACAAUUACUUUUAAGAACUCUGAGUAGAUUGUUUAAUAAAACUUUAAAAUUGAUUGCUCUUUUUGUAAGUUUUGUGUACAGCCAAAAAAAAGAAAAAGAAAAAAAAAGACUGAAAGCACUGACUAUAUUUAAAAAAAAGAAGAAAAAAAAGAAAUUUAUUAAAGGAAAAUUUGUAUAAUUUCAGUAAGAAAAUAACAAAAUCCGUCUGAAUGUACAUGUAUAUGUUUAAAAAAAAAUCCACCAACCCCCUCCCUACCCUUGUAUCCUAUUUAUUAUAUAAAAAGUUUGCCUUAUAAAUUUACAAGAAACAGUCCUUUCUUUAUGGGUGUCUCAUCUUUUUUUUUUUUUGGUUGUUAAAAACAAGCAACUUGCUUUUAUUUUCCCCCCCCCCCCCCCCUUUGGCAACAAAGAUACUGUGGCAACUGAUUUUUAUAUAUGUACGGUCAUUAAAGGAAACAAAUUAUAUUUUUAUGUUAAAAAAAAAUAGGUUCAAGCCCAGUCUUAGCACUCAGCAUGCAUUCUACACAGUAAUCUAGUUGCAUCUCAUGUUGGUAAGUACUGUAUUCUGUGCUAGAAUUGGAUUAUAAACCUAUGUAAAUGUUACAGAUUUGUUUGAGCCUUUCAUUACCAAGGUAGAUUUGUUCUGCCCUGCCAUUAAAAUAUAAUAUUUUU